GCGGCGGCCAUCAUGGCGGAGCUCUACGUGAAGGCGGGGAACCCGGAGCGCGGGUGGAACGACCCUCCUCAGUUCUCCUACGGGCUGCAGCAGCAACGGGCCGCGGCGGGGCCCGGGGUGGCCGGAGCCAAGCGGGGGCCGCUCACUCGACGCCCCGCCGCAGCAGGGGAAGAAAGGCCGCCGCCGCCGCCGCCUCACGGGCCAGAAAGUGCUGUCUCACCUGCACCACCAGCAUUUCCCCCAAAGUCUGCAGAGUUGCCCCCUUCUACUUUGCCAGAUUCUUCUUUGAAGACGGAUGCCCUUGAGGCUGAAGAGGAUUGUGGUGUGGAGGAUGUUCUGUCCCCCUUAAAUGAGGCUUUGGACAACUGCAGGAAAUCUGUGCGGAAACAGGUUUGCCAUGAUAUUAGCAAGCGCUUGGUAAUGCUGGAGCAGAUGUGGACACAAGGGAAACUUUCAGCUCCUGUGAGAAGAGGAAUGAGGAUUCUAACGGAAAAGCUUAAGUGUCAACACUGGGAUGCAGCUGACGAAAUUCAUCGCUCACUGAUGGUGGACCAUAUCAAUGAAGUCAGCCAGUGGAUGGUAGGAGUCAAAAGGCUCAUUGCAGAAACCAGGAAAUUACCCACGGUGGAUCUGGCCUUAGAGGAGCAAGAAGUUGGAACCCAGCUGGAGCCAGAACACCAAUGACAUUAGGUUGAGCCCAGGGACUCCACCAGUAGUAUAAUGCUGGGCCUUGUCUUGAAAGCAACCUGGACUAGUUCCUUUCAAACUGAGAAGCUGCUGCUAUCUCCUCAGAUUCAGACAAGACUUCAUCAGUUCUCUGCUGCUGGCCU